GAGGAGGGGAGAGGAAGAGCGGACAGAGAGGAGGGAGGGAGAGGAGGCAGAGGAGGAGAUGAAAGGAGAGGAAUCACAAAUCCAGAACCUUCUCCAGCUUCCAGUGAGACAUAAGAUCCCUCUGCAGCACAUCCCCAGGAGAGAAGCUACCAUCUGUAAUGUGGACUCCAUGCUCCUGUUCCCAUCAGCUUCCUCUGAGAACUACGUCACCUUCUCCCGGAGCUUCCCUGCUCUUCCAGAACUCUCCGUGUGCCUGUGGAUCCGCGUCGACGUCGGUUACGUAGGAACGCUCCUCUCUUACGCCACGGAAGACAAUGACAACAAACUAGUCCUAUACGGACGCAACUCCUCCUCCUCCUCAUACUCUUCCUCCACCCCCAGCCGAGCAACCCUGGACUUCGUGGUGGGAGACCCUGCGUACCGUGAGCUCCCUGUGGACUCUGUGCUGGACGGGUGCUGGCACCACCUCUGUGUCCUCUGGUCCUCUAUCCAGGGACGAUUCUGGCACUACACCGACCGGCGCCUGACCUCCUCAGGGUCACGGUUCAGGAAGUGUUACGAGGUGCCGGGAGGGGGGUUAGUGGUGCUGGGAGCAGAGCAGGACAGCCAGGGGGGAGGGUUUGAUCCCACCGAGGGGUUCGUGGGGCGCCUGGCGGGGUUCACCGUGUGGGACCGGGUGUUGAGUCCUGGGGAGGUGACGGGGGUGGCUACGGGGAGGGGGGUACCCCGGGGGGUGGUGCUCGAGUUGGGGGACGUUGAUGGAGUUCAUGGGGAGGUGCAGCAGGUAGCCUGCGAGUGCCUGGAACACUGUAGCUGAGACGUCUGAUUCCAAACCGACACUAACCGCUCGUCCCUCAUCCCUCGUCCCUAUAGGCACUCCUAGAUCUACAGUGUGGUCCUUUAGGGCAGAGUGGGCUGGUUUUUACUCCUCUGUACUCGAUUGAUCAAUUAAGGUAAUUGAUUUCCCCUCACCUGGUUGUCUAGGUAUUAAUUGGGAGUUAAUUAAAAAUAAAUAAUAACAAAUAACAACAACCAGCCUACGGGUUUACUUGGGAUUCAGCUGUCUAAAUGUUUUAAUAUCAAUCAAUUAACUACCAGGGAGAAUGAAGACCGGCAGAACUGCCCUUCGGACUUAAUGUGGACCUAUAUUGAAAGAGGAACCCUAACACUUCUCUAACCUUAAACAGUGCCACUGACACACUGUAAAAUGAGCAUGUGAAUGAAAGCCAUCAAUUAUUACUUAAAGCAAUGUUAUAUGGCUAAACAAAGACUGUUUCAUAUCAUAUAUAUUGUUACCCAGCAACAGACAGACAGAGAGAGAGAGAGACAGACAGACAGACAGACAGACAGACAGUUUAACGUUCAGAUUGUUCUGUUAUAAAGUCAACAGACUAGCUGCUAGUUGACCAACUGACGUCUGAUGUCAGUUAUUAUCAUGCUUAUAAAUCAAGAUGAUGUCAGUUAUUAUCAUGCUAAUAAAUCAAGAUGAUGUCAGUUGGA